AAACUGGUCCAAUCACAAUAAUUUCUUUUGUCGUCUUCAGGGAUUCUUGGUAGGCGUAACAACAAUGAGCACAAGACUUAUCCUGAUAAAAAGAACACUUUUAGAAUGUAGAUGAAAAUGACCAACACCUAAAAACUCAGAUUCAGGCAACACUUUCAAGAUCGAACUCUGUAACCCAAUGGAUAUCGAUCACCAUCUAAAAGAGCAGGAACCACAUAAGGCGGCAGUGGAGGUUGUAUUGGUUCCUCUACCAGCACAGGGUCAUCUGAACCCGCUAAUCCACCUUUCUCGUCUCAUAUCAGAGCGCGGAAUACCAGUUCAUAUGGUGGGUUCAGCCACGCACAACCGUCAAGCGAAGAAUCGUCUCCAUGGUUGGGAUCUGUCCAUCAUCUCCAACGUUCAUUUCCAUGACUUUCCACUCCCAUCUUUUCCCACACCUCCUGCUGAUCCAGAUGCAUCCAACAAGUGGCCAAUUCAUCUCCUACCAACUUUUGAAGCCACAAUUAAUUUCCGUGAACCCCUUGCCCAACUUCUACACUCUCUCUCACUCACUGCUAAACGGGUUGCCGUUGUUCAUGAUUCUCUCAUGAAUUUCGCUGCUGAAGAAGCUUCUUCCAUUCCUAAUGGAGAAUCUUAUUGUUUCAAUAGUUGUUCAGCAAUUUUUACACUCUUUUACCAAUGGGAGAGUCUUGGGAAACCCUCAAAUCCUUAUAUUGAGAGUCUAAACAUUUCUUCGAUCAAAUCGAUCGAUCAAUUGAGCCAAGAUAUUGUACCGGAUGGCUUUCUAAAAUUUAUCCUUCAGCAGAAGGAACAAUCUCAAUUUGAUGCUGGUAAAAUCUAUAAUACGUGCCGUCCUAUUGAAGGCAAGUUCAUCGAUAUACUAGGUCAGCAACCAUUUCUCGAGGAGAACAAGAAACAAUGGGCUUUUGGACCACUGAAUCCGGUGGCAUUCCACUCCAAUUCUAUGGGAAGGGAAUCCUCGCGUCACAAAUGCUUGGAGUGGUUAGAUGCACAACCUAACAGUUCAGUUCUCUAUGUCUCAUUUGGGACGAUGACAUCUGUGUCUGAUAAACAAAUUGAAGAAAUUGCGUUUGGACUUGAAAAAUGUCAGCAGAGAUUCCUUUGGGUGUUGAGGGAUGCCGAUCGUGGUGACAUUUACUCUAAUCAGGAUCAAGUUAGGAGAAUUGAACUGCCAGAAGGUUAUGAAGAGAGGGUGAAAGGAGUUGGGAUGAUUGUACGAGACUGGGCGCCUCAACUUGGGAUCCUAGCACACCCAUCCACUGGAGGAUUCUUGAGCCAUUGCGGCUGGAAUUCUUGCAUCGAAAGUAUAAGCAUGGGUGUGCCUAUUGCAACUUGGCCCAUGCACUCGGACCAGCCUAGUAAUGCCUUGUUGGUGACAGAGGUGUUGAAGAUUGGUGUUGUUGUCAGAGAAUGGGCACAUAGAGGCGGGGUAACCUCAUCGACUACGAUUGCAAGCCCAAUAAGGAAGUUGAUGGCAUCGGAGGAAGGAAAGAACAUGAAGAAGCGAGCAGAGAAGCUAGGUGCUGCUGUGCGCCAGGCUGUGUCGGAAGGAGGGACCUCUACUGCAGAAUUACAUGCGUUUCUUGGUCAUAUCAGUAGACCACAGGACAUCCUCUGACCAAUCACUAGAUUGAACAAUGAUUCAUAAACUUGCAUCCUUCAUUUUGAAUGUUCUUAUCAAUUCAUUUUCCAAAUCCACCUAUACAAUAGGGAGUAACGACUUUUGUUAUAGCACAUUUUCAGGGCAUGGACAUUAUAAGCAGAUUCUAGAAACUUUUUAUUAGCAA